ACAUUCUCUUAGCAGAGAUUGUUUCCAGUCUCACUCCUUGAGCUGAAGUGGUUUAAACUCUCGCCACCAUGCCUGCCGAUUACAAUGGGACAUGGGAAAUGGAAACCAAUGAAAACUUUGAAGGCUACAUGGUUGCUUUAGGUAUUGAUUUUGCAACUCGUAAGAUUGCAAAACACUUGAAACAAACAAAAGAGAUUGUUCAAAAUGGAGACAAUUUUAAAACAAAAACACUCAGUACUUUCAGAAACUAUGAUCUGGAUUACACUGUGGGAGUGGAGUUUGAAGAACACACCAAGGGACUGGAUAACCGAGUGGUGAAGAGCCUGGUGACUUGGGAUGGUGACAAAUUGGUCUGUGUUCAGAAAGGUGAAAAGAAUAACAGGGGCUGGAAGCACUGGAUUGAAGGAGACAUCCUGCAUCUGGAACUGACAUGUGAAGACCAGGUGUGCCAUCAGACAUUUAAGAAGAAGAACUAAAAUUGAGCAGAAAGCCUCCCAGGUCUUCAUCACAAUGUUAUGCCAUUAUGUUUUGUCUAAAAAGAAGAAUGAAGCCAGAUUUUCAUUCCUUUGACACUGCUAUGUGAAUAUAUUAUGUGCCUGUUUAUGGAAAAAGCACACUUUAUAGAAAUAACAUCAGUUACAAACCUCAUAAAUUCCUUUGCCUUUCAAUCUGGAAUUAAAUAAAAGUAAUUGUCUUUCAAA